CUUCCAAAGAUCUCAAAUCAUCAGUCAAGAUGAAGGUCCUCGCUUUGGUGAUCUUGGCCGUCAUUGCUUCCUCCUCUGCCUUGGGCUCGGGGCCAUACCUGCCCAGUGGGUGGAGACCCACCGGACCUGCCUUCUAUCUUCCUAACGAAGUCCAGAAGCCAGCAGCCAUUCCUUUAAAGGAUGUACCAGUCCAAGAGGAGUCUUCAGGAUCCGAAGCUCUUCGUGAAUACGGUCCUCCUAAGGUGGAAGUAACCCAAGCAGUCCAGGAGGUGUCUCAAGACAUCACCCAGCAAGCCCUACCAGACCCGGUCACCGAGCAGGCCUUCCUCGUUAUCCAAGCCAAGUUUAAUGAAGAAGAGGCUGCUCAAGUUAAUCAGGAAGCAAUCUCCGAGCAAAUCCAAGCAGUUGAAGAAACGGCGACUGAAUUCCAAAACACAGCCGAAGAACAGACAACUCAAAGUGAAGAGCUCAUCCAGGGCAGGUCUCUUGACGUUGAAACUCAAACAGAGAGCUCCAUCGCCGGUCAAGAAGAAGAAUCUACAGAGAAACUUGCUGAGAUAACUCAACAAGAAAAUUCUGAAGUAACUCAAAACUUGGAAGUAAGCCAGGAGAAUGUUGAAGUUGCUCAGGAGAAUGUUGAAGUUGUUCAGGAGAAUGUUGAAAUUACUCAAAAUGAGGAAGUAACUCAACAAUAUGAGGCAGCUCAACAAGAGACAGAGAAUGCCAACAGUAACAUUGUCGCUGUAGAACAGAGAGAAGAAGUGGCGGAAGUGAAGGUAGUAGAACAAGGUGUUAAGAAUAUUGCUGAAGCGCUGGUUAACUUGGAGAACGAAAUCAAAGCACAGCAGGUACAAGCAGUCCAAGAAGUAACCGAGGCUAAAACUGCCCAGGAAAGCUCUGGAUCUGUACCACAGGCACCUGAGGGCUUCCUAGAGUACGGACCCCCUGGUUUCACUGAAUACGGCCCACCAAAAGGCGACCUUAGAACUGUUACUAAUGAGGAAACUAACGAAGUGAGAAGAAGGCGUUUCUCUCCGAAAUUCAAGAGCAUAAAGGCAAAACACUGAAGACAGGUUCUGGACAUUGUAAAAUAACCAAUCUAAAUACUUACUUAGUGACAAAUGUACAGCUGUGUAUUGAGGCAAGUGUAUACUUAAUAUAAUGUUUAUGAAUAAUA